GGCUUGUUGUGCAUUUUCACUUCAGGGAAAGAAGAAUUUACUGAACAAAAACGGAAAUAAUGACCUUUUUUUUUAAAAGAAUCUCUGUUCUGUUACUAAUGGCAGUUAUAACUUGUGAUACAAAAUUUGAUGAGGGUCUCACAAUACCAGAACAUUGCCAGGAUGAUGUAACAGUAAAGUGUGCACAGGAGCUGCUGAACCAAAUCGAGAACAAGACAUCUCAAGAGCUUCCACAGGAAAGUGUGGAAAAUUAUUUGAACAUCAUGAUGAACAUUACAAGUUUAGUAAAAGAAAACACUACUGACCAGGAUCUAAUACUGUAUGGAAAUGAUGUUCUGGACUUCACUGAAGAACUGGUGUCUAAACUAGUGAAGGAAACAGACGACAUCCAGUCCAUCAGCAUCCCUCUACAAUCUUUAGAGGUUCAGGUAAUUGAGCUUGAACUAAACUCCAGUGUGAGUAAAAUCCCCUCUCUCACCACAACCACUGCUUCUAUGGAUAUCCAGGUCACAGGAAUCCCGAACAAAAGCAACGUUGCUGUUGUCUUGAUGAGCUUCACCAACAUGGCAGCCAUCCUGCAUGCUAGCUUCUUCAAUGCAUUUGUAUAUACAACAAAAACCAUAAUAUCUCCUGUGGUGUCAGCGAAACUUCUCCAAGUAUCUGGCUUCACUACAAUCUUCUCUAAAGUCAACUUCACCCUCAAGCAUGUAGAUGAGUUGGACCCUAAAGGCUUUCUCUCCUGUGUGUACUGGAAUAGAAAAGAAUGGGUUGAAGAUGGUUGUAACAUCAGAAGGAUAAACAGAACUCACACUCUGUGCUCUUGUGAUCAUCUGGGUACUUUUGCUACCAUCCAGAAGACUUUCGAUGUUACUUACGUUUACUAUCUGAUGUACAGUUCUUGGCCAAGUUAUAUAAAAGCGUUUGCAGCAGUAGGAAUGUUGUUUCUGAGUUUAUCGAUACUCACUCUGGCCAUUUAUCGUCCUCACAAAAAAGUGACUAACAUGACUCUGAUAAACCUGUGCACGAGCAUUCUCCUGACUAUGAUUUUUACAUUGCUCACAAGAAAUUUACUGUCCAAUAUAUUCUCUCAACAGCUUUUGUUCGCAGUUCUAGAUUGUGUUUGGUUGUUUUUUUAUCUCUCAUCUGUUAUGUGGAUGUUCAAUAAAGCUGUGCUGCUCUUCAUUUUUGUGAAGAACCUGUCAAGGGUCAGCUCAAACCAGGGGGAGGGGCUUAGCUGCAAAUGGUUCAUUUUGAUCGGAUACUUAAUUCCCCUGGUUCUGGUGGUCAUGCGUGGCAUAGUCAGUCAUGGAAUCUGCAAACAUUCUAACUGCAGUGUGUACAUGUUUAUAAUAGAUGUAUUUGCAUAUAUUCCUUUUUUCAUCAUUUCUGCAUUAAUCUUGAUCCUCCACAUCAUCUCCAUUAUCAUCAUAAUCUUAAAUCUGAUUCGGCUGAAAAAUCAGAACUUACUGAGGACUAACAGCAACGACACCAAACUGAUAAUGAGUGUGUUGUUUAAAAGUCUGGCUCAGUUUUUUAUCUUCGGCUGCCCCUGGCUCGCCUACUUCUUCGUAACUGGAGAUGUGUUUUUUACAGUGAAUUUAAUCUGCAUCCAGCAGGGGGUCUUCAUCUUUCUGUUCCACUGUCUCCUCAACCCAGAGGUCAGGCAGCAGUACAGGAAGUUCCUGUGUGCAAUUUGCAGCUUCAACAAUUGUAGCCCUGCUGCAGCAGAUGACGUGAACGUUCACAGGCUUAUUACUGUUAGUCAUGUUACAAUACGUGAUGAGAUCCCAGGAUAAUGAGACGUGUCGCAUGGAAUUGUAAUGGUGUAGGACUGUCAGCUUUUUUGUCUUUUGUAAAUACUUGACCUCUUGAUUUGACUUGACUACUUAUUAAAUAGAAUUAAAAUAAGUCUAGAUUUUUGUCUGUUGAAACUAUAACACAAACGUUUCUUUAAUGUUUUUGGUUAAGUUGGAUCUCUGAGUGAGGGAUAUGAUAGGGAGGCCCCCUUCUGGUCAUUUGCAGCAUGUACAGCUACUUCUGUUUACA